CCUUCUUCACAAUCCGAAGGCUGUUUUCUGUGUUAAGACAGCAGGCACAUCUUUUUUAAGAGAAGUGAAAACCAGGAAAUAUCUCUGGUUUGUGUCCUUCAGACAGCCUGCAAGAUCUGUGAGUUUGUGGAAGUGGGGGAGAGCAUCUGCAAGGAUCUGACAAACAGAUUUGCAAGCAAGUCAAUUAGUGCAACCUCCCUCUGCUUCCCCUCUUUAAUCCAGGUGACUGCCGUGACUCUGGAAGACUGUUAAUGCUCAAUACUCCAAUAUCUGCAGGUGGAAUUUUAUACAGUAGAGAUGAUGUCACUUCUCGACAGAGGAGUCAUUGCACAUAGCUCAAAUACUGGCAUUCGGUCAUUCCAGAUCUAAUUUCCACCUGAUUUAAGGAAAAAAAAAAAAAUAAAUAAAAAAAAAAGGUGCCUACUUUUUAAAUUAGCAACUUUAAUGUUAAAUAUUUUUAGUUGUGAAGGCAGCUUUUUGGGACCUCAAAUGAGCAUCUUACAUUGGUGGUAUUUUUAUGUGCAACAGAUUUUCCUGUUUUCUUAUAAAAAUAUUUGGGAGUAGCAGUUUUUUGUCAUAUAGGUAGUUUAUAGUGUGUGUAAGUCUCCUGCAAGCUCUGUCAGUAAGAGAUGGAUAGGGUCAAAUAUUUGGGGCAUUUUUUAGACAACUAAUGUGGGGUAGAAUAAUGAGGCUGGGAGGUGUUUUUUUUAAGAAAACCAUCACCAGAAUAGAUGUGCCUGUCUGGAUCUUCUGUUGAAGUCAGCUUUCAAACAGGAUUUAUUUCUGAUUCACCAGCAUUUAUUCCUCUGGCUGGUCAUGCGAAAAAGAACAGAUAUGAAUACCAGGAAGAUGUGACCCCUUCCUCAGGCCUAAAAGCAAAGGAAGUGCACACAAAGGACAGGAGAGCUGCAGGCCAGCUCACAGUCCCAGGCUUUACCAAGCUGUGAAUGAGUUUGACACCAUGACAGCUGAGGACUCCACUGCAAGGAUGAGCAACGAUUCCUCCAAUGUGGCUGCCACAAAAGUUCCCGAAGGUGUUGCUGGUGCACCCAACGAGGCAGCUUUGCUGGCCCUCAUGGAGCGCACUGGAUACAGCAUGAUCCAAGAGAAUGGGCAACGCAAGUACGGCGGCCCUCCUCCUGGUUGGGAGGGCCUUCACCCUCCACGUGGCUGUGAAGUCUUUGUGGGCAAAAUCCCCCGCGAUGUCUAUGAAGAUGAGCUUGUCCCUGUGUUUGAGUCUGUCGGCCGCAUCUACGAAAUGCGCUUGAUGAUGGACUUUGAUGGGAAGAACCGUGGCUACGCCUUCGUGAUGUACACACAGAAGCACGAGGCAAAGCGUGCUGUCAGGGAGCUGAACAACUACGAAAUCCGUCCUGGCAGGCUGCUGGGUGUGUGCUGCAGCGUGGAUAACUGCCGGCUCUUCAUCGGGGGCAUUCCCAAGAUGAAGAAGAGAGAGGAGAUCCUGGAAGAGAUCGCCAAGGUGACAGAAGGUGUGCUGGAUGUCAUCGUGUAUGCCAGUGCUGCAGACAAGAUGAAGAACAGAGGCUUCGCCUUCGUGGAGUAUGAGAGCCAUCGAGCAGCUGCAAUGGCCAGGAGGAAACUCAUGCCAGGAAGGAUCCAGCUGUGGGGACAUCAAAUUGCAGUUGACUGGGCAGAACCAGAGAUAGAUGUGGAUGAAGAUGUCAUGGAGACUGUUAAAAUCCUCUAUGUGAGGAAUUUAAUGAUUGAGACUACAGAGGACACCAUUAAAAAGGUCUUUGGGCAGUUUAACCCUGGCUGUGUAGAGCGGGUGAAAAAAAUACGUGAUUACGCCUUUGUGCACUUUACAACCAGGGAAGAUGCCAUUCACGCCAUGAACAACCUUAAUGGUGUUGAACUGGAAGGCUCGUGCCUGGAGGUUACCUUGGCCAAGCCAGUAGACAAGGAGCAAUACACUCGCUACCAGAAAGCAGCAAAAGGAGGGGCUGCAGCAACACCCGAAGUAGCUCAGCAACCUAAUUAUGUUUACUCUUGUGAUCCGUACACACUAGCGUAUUAUGGAUAUCCAUACAAUGCCUUGAUCGGGCCCAACAGAGAUUACUUUGUGAAAGCAGGCAGCAUACGAGGCAGAGGGCGAGGUGCAGCUGGCAACAGAGCCCCAGGCCCCAGGGGCUCCUACCUGGGGGGAUACUCCGCUGGCCGUGGCAUCUACAGCAGGUACCACGAAGGCAAAGGAAAGCAGCAAGAGAAAGGAUACGAGCUGGUACCCAACUUGGAGCUACCUGCGGUCAACCCGGUGGCCAUUAAGCCUGGAGCAGUGGCCAUCCCUGCCAUCAGUGCCCAGUACUCCAUGUUUCAGGCUGCACCACCAGCCAAGAUGAUGGAAGAUGGCAAAAUCCACACUGUUGAGCACAUCAUCAACCCUAUAGCCGUCCAGCAGGACCCAGCUAGUGCAGCAGCUGCUGCAGCAGCCGCGGCCGCAGCUGUGAUACCAGCUGUCUCCACGCCUCCCCCUUUCCAGGGCCGCCCCAUCACGCCGGUGUACACCAUGGCUCCCAACAUGCAGCGGAUUCCCGCCGCUGGGAUUUACGGGACAAGUUACGUGCCGUUCGCAGCGCCCGCGGCAGCGACAGCAACGAUAGCCACGCUACAGAAGAACGCUGCUGCCGCCGCCGCCGCCGCCUACGGGGGGUACGCCGGCUACAUCCCCCAGGCAUUCCCAGCCGCGACCAUCCAGGUCCCCAUCCAUGACGUCUACCAGACAUACUGAGACUGUCGGCAGAGGAGAGCAGCGGAGAAACACACACACUGAAGGAACACUUUACUAUUUAUGAAGAAAGCACCGGCUGCGAAAGAGUAAAUGUUUGGGCUCGGUAAACUGAUGCAGAAAGUGAAGAAUGUUAUAGAAAAACGUAUUCGAAAUAUUUUCUACGCUUGAAGUUUUCACUAACUUUUUUAGGCUAUUUUUAAAAUUUAACAUGCCUGUAUUCAUACAUUUCUAAAGGACCUCGAUGCAUCUAGCCCACCGCUGACAUGCAUUUAUACGCAUCCUAGGGGGGUUGCGCAGGGUCUUUAUUUUUUUUUUAGCAGUUAUAUUUUCAAUAUAUUUGUGGUAUGAAGGUUAUUUUUUAGUAACUUCUGCACUCCAGAGAUGUCUAUUUUGUAGUGCCUUUAAUAAUAUAUCAGCUAUAUAUUAAAAAGCACACCUGAGCAGCUAGGGAAAGUUUUAACAAUAUAUUUUGAAGAAUAUAUUCAAUAUUUAAAGAAUACAUACUUUAGAAUUUUUUUAAAAAAAGAAAAAAACAACAAGUAUCUUAUUUAAAAAUUAUACUGGAAAGUGCAAUUUGAAAAAUGUGCAAGACCUCUGCAUUUUUGUGCCGGCAAUAACACAAUCUGCUCGUUCUUAUUUGAUAUCAGAAGUAACUAAUAUGGAGAGAAAAAAAAAAUCCUCCUCACACAAAUCUCUUCAUGGUGUGAUCUGCAGGCUUGUAUUAAGUAAAGGAAGGGCUCUUAGUUUUCCUUAACAACUGGAUUUCCUAUUUAUUGAAGCUACUUGUAGUUGGAGCACACGCAGAAAUGAGUAGCCGUUAUUUUGCGCAGGGUGUCUUGACUUAGAUCUUCAUCCAGUAUAAAGCCUAGGCUCUUUUUCAAUGUUCCUUAUUUUAUUCUUUGAAGUAUAUGUUGUAGUGACUGAGAAUGUAUGCUGCUCUCACCGAGAGGAUGCACAGCAUUACUUACCCAUUGCUCCAUCAUGUUCCACGAGAAAUUUCUGAGGUACUAGGGGUGGUAGUGAUACUGGAAUUAGUGAAACGGGCCUCGCUUCCCCCCCCCCGGCCUCCCUUCCACCUUUAAUUCCCCUUCUCCUCAACUGGAGUUCUACAUGCACAUCAGGGGUGGGAGCAAUUAGACCCAACAAUUUUAAGACAUAGAACUUGUAAAUAUCUUUUAAUAUACAUUUUUAAAGUCAUUUUAUGUUGCAAAUUUACAUGGUAUGUGGUUUGCCACAAAACAAAAACCUUUUAUUGCGAUGUUAUAAAAAAGUUUGUUUUAUUAAGAAGUAAAUAUAUUAUUGCAGUGUUUUGUGGCCUGUUCAAAGGCUUUUAUUUAGUAGUGUGGUGAAUGUAAAAUGUAAAAAGAUAAAUAUCUUGCCCAUUGUAUGAAGUGCAUCAGCCCUGCAAACGCAGCUCUGGUGACACGAGGUGCAAAGCAGGGACUGAGUAAACAAUGUUCCUUUACUUUUGGUGGUAGAAGUACCAACUGAAGGGGUUGUGUAUUGAAAAUAUUUUGACAACUGAACCACUUCCAGCCCGUGUCCAGCUCAGUUAAGUGACAUUUUAAUACACUUUUUUUUCCUUGCCUCAAAGUGGAGCAGUCAUUUUUCAGGUGCUCUUGCUCAGCCAAGCUGGGCUCUCCUUACACCUCUCGACCCGCUAGCCAAAACACUGUGAGGAGGUUAACCAUUAGGUUGGACUCUGCCCCUCCACGCCCCUUCCUGGGAGGCUUUUAUUGUCUGUCCCUGCACUUCCGAAAGCACAUCUAGACCUUACCCCGCCAUUCGCAGGGCAAGAGGAGGUGAUUUUGGCAAAGCCCCGAGGGGGAAGCCCCCACGAGGAGGCCAGCGCUGCCUCCUCCAGCCAAGGCCUUGCACGGCUCUACACUAAAUGCUGCCAUAGGUCCACAGGCUCUGCAUAAAUACCCCUGGGGUUGAGGAAAGGCAGUCUAAUGGUUUGGGUCUGUGCCCCAUGCCACCACUGACCUACAGAGGAGGGAUGACGGGUGAUGGCUCCUUUCCCACUUGUCUUUUCCCCACCAGCAGAAUGAGGGUCCUCCUGCACACAGAGCUGGCAGAGAGAGAAAGGAGCCAAAGAGGGCAAACCCUGAGGAGCACCAGGCCACUGAUGGGUGCUGUCUGCACUGGGGCAGGAACAGACAGGACCCAGGAACACAGGUAGGAUGCAGGGAUGCAGGCAGGAUGCAGGCAGCUGGGUUGUGCUGAGCCUCCCUGGCCCGUGCCUUUUACACUUGCUUCUAAACCAUUUCAUGUACACUACUACUGAGGUAAGUCUGAUAACUUGAAAUGUGAACAUCUUUAGGUUAAGAACAAACUAUUAAAAGAAAAAAAAAAAAAAAGACAAAAAAAAAAGACAAAAGUAGUGUGCCUUAUUCUCAUAAGAGCUGAUAUUUUAUGUGUUUUAUUGUAUCUCUGUUCUCUGUACUGUCAGAAGCCUCUGAGUUUAUUUAGUUCUUGCUCCAUUUACGGUACAUUUCUAGAAUGUAGUGAAUAAAGCAUUAUUUAAAAUCGGA